AUGGCUUCGUUUGGGGCUCUGCUGAUGGUGUUGCCCGUGGCGCUCACGUGCGCUCCACAAAAAGCAGAUUACGUAGUGGUGUCAUGUUUUCCCAACGCCAUCAUUGCCAACGUCCCAGAGUGCCCAUACGGCUGGGAAAUCGAGCAGCUGUCCCUGGGGGGAGUGUGCUACACAGGAAUUCACAGUCCGGGUUAUUAUCGCUUCAUUAUCCCAGACCUGACACCCAGAAACCACUCGUACUGCGGCACACAAUCUGAGUACAUGCCAGGCAAAGACCCGAAGUACAUCUUCUAUAACUCCAUUGUGUCCAACGAUACGUCCCUGACCGUCAGAAACCAGCCGGUCAACUACACCUUCAGCUGCAUGUACCGAGCCGCCUACCUGGUAAAUAACGCCGUCUUCAGCCAGAGAGUCGCUACGGUUUAUGUGAACAAUGGGAGCUUAGGCACUUUUAGGUCACAGUUAUCUAUGAACGUGUUCACGAACUCCAAGUUCCUGUACGCUAAAGACGCUCCCUAUGUGAUCGACACAUCGGAGAUCGGCUCUGAAGUUUUUAUCGGCAUCGAGGCUAAAGGUCUAAGUAACAGGUUUAAAGUUGUGAUAAACAACUGCUGGGCCACUCCCACUCCGUACUCAACAGAUAGGAAGAGGUGGAGUCUCAUUAUGAACAGCUGCUCUGCUGACAACACCGUGACCAUUUUCGACAACGCCAAAGACAGCCGCUCCACGUUCAAGUUCAACUCUUUCCGCUUCCAGCGGCUGGAGAAGGUUUCCACCGUGUGGCUUCACUGUGAGGUCCAGAUCUGUGACGGGGAGAGACUCGUCUGUCAGCCCAGUCCCUGCACUGUGAGAUCUCUGUCGUCAGAGGUUAACCCGACUGGAGGGAUCCUUUCCGCUGAGUUUCAGGUUAAAGGCAGCAGCUCUUCAAAUAACGGACACACUGCAGGAACCUCACUGUUCAUGCUGCUUCUGGUCCUGAUGGACACGUGCUGGGGUUUAGCAAAUGGAGCAAGAAUGUAGAGAAAUGUUAUUUUAUAAACAAACAGGGGGGAAGUGUUGCCCAAGA